AUGUAUUACCUCUGGUCACUCCUGUUUUUCAGUUACACGCUCCAGUUCAGUUGGGGCUGGGGAGACCUCGGUCAUCGAACGGUAGCCUAUUUGACAGAGAAGUACCUAGACAAGCACGGCGCUCAGCUGGUGGAAGAUCUUAUUACCCCGGAUAAGGAUUUCGAUAUCUCAGAUGCGGCAGUCUGGCCUGAUAAACAGAAAUUUCGCUCUCCAUUUACUAGACCAUGGCAUUAUAUAGAUGCAGAGGACAAGCCGCCCAAUUCGUGCCGUGUUUCCUAUGAAACAGAUUGCGAUAAAGGUGGAUGUAUUAUAUCCGCUAUUGAAAAUAUGACACAUCAGGUGCAGGACCUCAGUCUGGAGAAGGCGCAGCGAGGUGAUGCGUUGAAAUUCUUAAUGCAUUUCAUUGGUGACCUGCACCAACCGCUGCAUGUCGAGGCGCAGUUUCGAGGAGGCAACGAUCUCCACGUUUGCUUUGAUAACCGCUGCGCCAAGAAUAAGAACCUUCACAGUGUGUGGGAUACGGAAAUCCCACAUAAAAUCAACGGCCUUAAGCAGAAGCCGAAGCACAACGAUGAAAAAGAGCCAGCUGUGAAGUGGGCCGCAAAGUUGUUCCAGUCUCAGGGAUUGAGGCCCCUUCAGGCAGAAUGCUCUGACACGAAGAAACCAUUAAAAUGCCCUCUGAUAUGGGCAACUGAGUCAAACAGACUGAACUGUGAUUUCGUUUUCAAAAAGGGCGUUGAAUGGCUCGGAAAUAAUGACCUGGGUGAAGAGUACUAUGAUGAGGCUGCUCCUGUUGUGGAAGCACAAAUUCUCAAAGCAGGCAUUCGCCUGGCUGGGUGGUUGAAUGCUUUGGCAGCUGACAGACCAUCAGGGGAGCCUUGUAGCCGUCAAUAUGGAAAGAUGAGAAUACAACAGGAGCUCUAA